UUUAAAAGGAGAGAGAGUAGACAGGAAGUCGGGUAUUAUAUGGGUCAUCUAGAGAGCGGAGGACAGCUUAAAACAAAAUUGUAAAGUACUUGUAUCAUCCAGACAGUAUAUAGUUGAACUUCAUACUCCGGAGCGGAAGGUGGCGUUGUGGCAUCUGUUUAAGACGUAAGUGAGUGACGUAAAAGAAGAGCAAAAAAAAGAAAAUAUGGCGGAUGACAGUUUGUAAUGAGCCAACAAAAACAGGGAAGACUGGUGAAAGUUGGAGCCGCAACGUUAAAAUCCGGGACAGGAAUAAAAACUGAGUUGUCAAGAUGUUAAUAACGUUGAAAACGUUACAACAGCAGACGUUUAAAGUGGAGAUCGACGAGGAGGAGACGGUGAAGACAUUAAAAGAGAAAAUUGAGCAGAUGAAAGGAAAGGACAUUUACUCAGUAGCUGGACAGAAGCUGAUCUAUGCUGGUAAAAUCCUCAGCGAUGACACGGCUCUCAAAGAGUACAAGAUCAAUGAGAAGAACUUUGUGGUUCUCAUGGUAACAAAGCCUAAAUCAGCCUCAGCAACUCCACAGACUCCACCUACCGCAGCAGCCGCUGCUCCAGCUGUUGCUCCAGCUGCUGCAGCUCCAGCUCAGACUCCUCCACUGUCAUCGUCCAGCACAGAAACCACCACAGAACUUCCCGCCACAGAUGACAAACCAGAGGAGAGACGGUCUUCAGCCGCACAAUCCGCGUCCUCUCCAGCCAGGAGCUCCGAGGCAUCGACAAACACAAACCUCAUCGAUGAAGCAGUUUCAACUCUUGUGACAGGCGAGUCCUAUGACGCCAUGGUGAACGAGAUGAUGCUCAUGGGCUACGAGCGGGAGCAGGUGGUUGCAGCCUUGAGAGCGAGCUACAACAACCCGGACAGAGCUGUGGAGUACCUGCUCACAGGAAUACCAGGCAGAGACCAGGGUCAUAUCACAGUCCCUGAGUCAGGAGGUAGAGUUCCAGCUGCGCCUGCAGGUGGCGGUGUUGUCUCUUCCAACCCUGGGUCUUCACCUAGUGAUGAUGUCAACCCACUGAACUUCCUGAGAAAUCAGCCUCAGUUUCACGUGAUGAGACAGCUGAUCCAGCAGAACGCAGCCCUGCUCCCAACCUUGUUGCAGGAAAUUGGCAGAGAAAACCCUGAGUUACUGCAGGAGAUCAGCAACCAUCAAGAGCAGUUCAUCCAGAUGUUGAAUGAACCAAAUCCAGAAGCCACGCCUGGAGGUGGAGGUGGAGGAGCCAGAGGGUUACAGGGCGACGCACCUGGAGGCAGUCCGAUGAACUACAUCCAGGUCACACCUCAGGAGAAGGAGGCCAUUGAGAGGCUAAAAGCCUUAGGGUUUCCAGAAGGCCUUGUUAUACAAGCCUACUUUGCAUGUGAGAAGAAUGAGAACUUGGCCGCCAACUUCCUUCUACAACAGAACUUUGACGAUGAUUAAACGAGCAAUCCUUGCUUUGAUUUCUUUUUUUUUUUCUUCUUUCAAUUUUUCAAAUAUUAAGUAUAAAAUGUACAACAUCAUAAUUUCCCAACAUACAUAUUUUAUUUACUGCUUUCAUGUGUUUUUCACCUGUAAUCUACACUGGAUUAUUAUCACAAUAAUUGCUGUUCAAUGUGAUCAAUUGGGAUUUGGACCAACAGUUAAAGUUACAGUGACUUUGCAGCUUUUAAUCACGUAUGAUUUUUAGUUUGAACACUACUUUCAGUAUGUGCUUUCAUUUUGUAUAUUAUAGUUUGAUUUUUCAAAUGCAGCAUAUCGUGUAAUUCAUUAGUUCAGCAUCAACUGUUAAUGCACUCUUUUUUUUAUUACCCAAAUGGAAUCAUAAUGAAAUGAAAGGAAAUUAAAGCUGCAGAACAAAACUGUUUGGUACAGAUUUCUUUUCUCUUCCUGACCUUGACUCUGCAUGUGGAUCAUUGUCACCACUGACAGCAGCUGUGUGUUAACACUACUGACCUACUGUGCAUUCAUGAAGGCAUUUAAACGUGUACAGUUUACAGAAAUUCAGUAGGACUGAGCUUCAACAUUUUUACAGUAAAAAAUUAAAGUUUUGAAGAAAACUUAA